AGGUGAAUAAAUAAGUAGACAUAACAAAGCUACAAGCUUUAGUUUAUCGCUGUUCGUUCAUCGUAGACAAUCAUUUUGUUUGAUAAUGUUCAAACAAACUGUGCUAAUUUCCGUUAGCACAUUAUUGUUAAGAGUAUCAAGCAGCUUUGCCGACCAAAGCCAUGCCGCAUCAGGACACUGGACAUUUAAUGAAAAAAAUUCCUUCGAUCAGGCAGACCUAAGCAAUAUUUUAAAUACCGGUGGUUUUAAUAACGAACAAUGUUUUGCAAGUACGGAAUCGUUAAAUCCCAUCAAUCUACCGUUGUUACCUAUCAUCUUCGCUCAAUCCGACGAUUUGCCAGAUGGAAAAUGUAAAGAAGAUGCACGACGAUUUUUAAAUGAAUUGCAAAAUGGUACUUUGUGGGCUGUGCAAAUGUUCGAUUCUUCAUCGAAAUAUCCUGAUGGUGUAUUAUACGGUCAUACAAAACAUUUGGGUAAUUUUGAUGAAUGUUACUAUUUACAAACUGAUGCCGGGGAAGUUGAAAAUGCAGUUGCUGGUAGAUAUUGUUUAGUCGAUCUUGAAUAUAAAAGGAAAGAUGAAUCGAUUUCUCAUAAACAAACCAUGGAAUAUAAUCCAAAUGAGUCUUUUUGGGAAGCAGUAGAGGAACGAGGAAAUACUCACCGUAUUCGUCGCUAUUUGGUGCAAUUAGCUCUGUGUGUACCAUCAACAUGUAGUGCAGAAGAUAUAGAAACAGCUUUAAAAAGGCCUCUACAAAAGAUCGGUGCAAAUAAUAAUAUUAAUAUAGAGACUGGCGUUCAGAUAAAUUUUUGCCAAACGCUUGAUGAAGCGCCUAAAUUUACUCUCGCUGCAACAAUAUAUUGUAUUAUACUACUGAGCUUGGUGAUUGUGAUACUCGUCAGUACUUGGUAUGAAAAUGAAUUAAGUAGCGGAGGUACAUCAACUUUCCGAAGUGCAUUACUUUGUUUCUCACUUCGAAGAAAUUUUAAAAGUGUUCUGCAAGUAAAUUACUCAAAUCCGGGGCUCGACAGCAUACAUUUUAUACGAUUUAUCUUGUCAUUAAUUGUACUAAAUGGACAUCGUGUAAUACAAUAUUAUGCUAAUCCGACAGUUAAUGUCAUAGAUUUUGAAAGAUUAUUUUCUCUACCGGUAAUAGUCUUUUAUUUAAAUGGAAAAGUUGUGAUAGACGUGUUUUUUGCUUUGGGCGCUUUUUUAGUCACAUAUCAUAUGUUAGCGGAUCUAGAUCGAAGGAAGCAACUCAAUUUUUUCAGUGAUAUUAUAACGAGAUAUUUUAGAUUAACACCAUCCUAUGCCAUAAUAAUCUUCUUCCACGCUUGGAUCUUACCGCUUCUUGGUUCGGGACCAUUUUGGAAGCAAGAAAUCAUACAGGAGGGCAAUGAAUGUUCCACUAAUUGGUGGGCAAAUCUAUUGUAUAUUAACAAUUAUGUAAAACCAACAGAAAUGUGUAUGUUUCAAACGUGGUAUUUAUCCGUCGAUUUCCAGUUAUUUAUUCUUAGCCAAUUUGUAAUUUAUGCAUUUUGGUGUAUGCCCCGUAAAAUUGGAUAUUCUUUUCUCGGAGUGCUAACAAUCAUCAGCUGUGCUAUACCGUUUUUCAUAACAUAUUCAUACGGUGUGCCGCCUGUUUUUCUAUUUACGCUGCGUGUGCAGCACUUCAGCGAUGCACCGUAUUUUGCGUCAAAUUAUAUUCAGACAUAUAUGCGCUUUAUUGCAUAUCUUGUUGGUAUAACCGCGGGUGCAAUACUUCACGAUCAUAGAGGAAUAAAACGGGAAAUAUCGCCGUUCUGGUCGCAUGUAUUGGUUUUAAUAUUGCCUCUAACUAUGGCUGUCACAUUUCAAUUGUGGGCGCACAGAUUUUUCAUGCCAUAUUUCAAGUGGUCACCUUUAGAAGGUGGAUUUUGUUCAUUUUAUCAGAAAUUACUGUUUUCUGUUUGCAUUAGUGCUACAAUAGUUGUACUAUCUCUUGACAGCCGUUUAAGUAUGUAUAUAUUUCGAAAACAGUUUAACUUUAAUUAACAAUAAUUAA